CUCCUGUUCGUUGAGGGUGGGGACACACGGCGUGCUGGGGCCGGCAGCAGAGGAGGCGCCCCUUCGCCACCCCAGUGCCUGCCUGCCGUCUCCGCAGUCUCCAAUGAAGUGCCGGAGCACCCGUGCGUGUCCCCCGUCUCCAACCACAUCUACGAGCGGCGGCUCAUUGAGAAGUACAUCGCCGAGAACGGCACCGACCCCAUCAACAACCAGCCUCUGUCUGAGGAGCAGCUGGUGGACAGCAGAGUGGCUCACCCAAUCCGGCCCAAGCCCCCCUCAGCCACCAGCAUCCCAGCCAUUCUGAAGGCCCUCCAGGAUGAGUGGGUGAGUCCCUGGGGGCGAACCGAAGCUCCCCGCUGGAAGUCCUCGCUGGAUGGGGCCUGGGGGGAAGGGGAGCACUGUGUUCUCAUUCAAGGGCAGGUGGCCGAGGAGGGGCCUGGUGCUGACAUCACAGAUCUGGGUCCCGUACACGUAAAUAGAUUUUUAAUUGCCCGUCUCACCAAGGAAGUCACCGCUGCCCGAGAAGCUCUGGCUACGCUGAAACCGCAGGCUGGCCUCAUUGUGCCGCAGGCUGUGCCAAGCUCUCAGCCAAGCGUUGUGGGAGCAGGUGAGCCGAUGGAGCUGGGCGAGCUGGUGGGAAUGACGCCCGAGAUUAUCCAGAAGCUUCAAGACAAGGCCACCGUGCUGACCACGGAGCGUAAGAAGAGAGGCAAGACGGUGCCUGAGGAGCUGGUGAAACCGGAGGAGCUCAGCAAGUACCGGCAGGUGUCAUCCCACGUGGGAUGCGGUGUCUUGUCCGUCCUGUGCGUGAGCCGCAGGGAAAGGGAGCCAGAAGGGCUCGGCUCCGGCCUCACGCGCGUCCUUCCAGGCGGGGCGGACAAAAACGUCGUCGUCUUCGACAAGAGCUCCGAGCAGAUCCUGGCCACCCUCAAGGGCCACGCCAAGAAGGUCACCAGCGUGGUGUUCCACCCCUCCCAGGAGCUGGUGUUCUCUGCUUCCCCGGACGCCACCAUCAGGAUUUGGUCGGUCCCGAGCUCCUCCUGUGUGCAGGUGGUGCGGGCCCACGAGAGCUCCGUGACGGGCCUCAGCCUCCACGCCACUGGCGACUAUCUCCUGAGCUCCUCCGAUGACCAGUACUGGGCCUUCUCUGACAUCCAGACGGGCCGCGUGCUCACCAAGGUGACGGAUGAGACCUCCGGCUGCGCUCUCACCUGUGCGCAGUUCCACCCCGAUGGACUCAUCUUUGGGACGGGAACCAUGGACUCUCAGAUUAAGAUCUGGGACCUGAAGGUAGGACCCACAGCCUCCACCUGCCGCAGCCAGAGCCCGUGAUGCUCAUGUGCCUCCCUUUCCGAGAACGGCUACUACCUGGCCACGGCGGCCGAUGACUCGUCCGUCAAGCUCUGGGAUCUGCGCAAGCUGAAGAACUUCAAGACGCUGCAGCUGGAUAACAACUUUGAGGUGAAGUCCCUGAUCUUUGACCAGAGCGGCACCUACCUGGCCCUGGGGGGCACCGACGUCCAGGUCUACAUCUGCAAGCAGUGGACGGAGAUCCUCCACUUCACAGAGCACAGCGGCCUGACCACAGGGGUGGCCUUCGGGCAGCGCCAAGUUCACAUCGCGUCCACGGGCAUGGACAGGAGCCUCAAGUUCUACAGCCUCCAGGCCCUGCCACGAGCCCCGCGGGCUGACUCCCAGCUCCUGGGGCCCCUGACGCCCAACUUCACCUUCCUCUACCAUGAGGUGCCCGCCCCCCCAAAAACCACCUUUCCUCGCCAAGAGGCCCAGCCAACGAGCCUCCCAAAUCCAGACGCGGGGAACCGACUGGCCCCAGCGUGUGAGACAGGCGGCUGCCAGGGCGGCACCGGCCUAAGGGACAGGUUUCGGGGACGAGAAAGAGUCUGCUCCGCACAGAGAGCUUGGGAACACGUUUAUUGA